CUUACCUGGGGGCCGGGACACUUGGUUCUGUGUGAGGACUCCGGAGCGGUAGGGGGAAAGCUGUAUGCCUUGCUUUUGGGGCUGAGGCCUUGAGUGGGGACGGCCUCCGUUUUCCGAUUUCGUGCUGGAAGGCGGUGCCCCCGCAGCCCCGAAUCGCGACCCCCGGGGUGGAGGGGUGGUAACAUCGGCUUCCCCCGAGGGCCCCGUUAAUUCGGGUCUUAAGCAAAAGCCCCGAAAGAGGAUUUGGCAUAACUGCUUAAAGCUGCCCCAAAGCUGCCUUCUCCCUUCGGUUUAUCAAGUGAAGAUCAAUUAACUCCAAAUCAAGCUUAAAUGAGAUUAUUUGCUGCUCGGUGCGAAAGUGUGGCCAUGGGAUGCGUGUGCUUUCCCACGUGUGAGCGAGCAGCCCUGGCCUCGUGCCGUGCCAGGCCUGGGGCUGUGCUCGGUCCCUCUCUGCCCAUGGGUGGCACUGGGCCCUGUGGGGCUGCGGGGACCCCUCUCAGGGCAGCCCCAUCCCACCCCAUCCUAAUCCAUCCCCCCCUAUGGAGCAGCGGCCACCAGCUGCCAUCCGUGGUCUCCAGUCUCCCAUAGCUGAGCAAUCCAACCCCUCUUCCUAGCAGCUCUCUGCUAUUCCGUGAGGGCCGUUUUCUCUCUUUUCCUCUCCCUGUUGUAUGUUUGCCCUGGGCAGAGCGAGAAGCUCUGAAAGCAGCAGGGAUCACAGCUGCAUGGGAGAGCUGAGCGCCCGUUGCUGAGCCCGGCGGGGUGACUGGUGGCACAUUUGGCUCCUUCUCUACCCUCUGUCCCCAGGGGGAGGAUCACAUGCGCUGAAAUGUGGUCGGGUUUUUUCGGUAGGUUUCCCUUGCCCUCCCCCUUACAGCUCAAAUUGGAAACAGCGGCAGCAGCAGCCUGACCCAGCUGCAGUGAGAGCUGUCACUGUGAGAUACCCCAGGGCUGCCUGCGCUGGCCAGGCCUGGGCCUCCUGCUCUCUGCCCUUGGCUCUCCUGCGCUGUCCGUUCGCACCUUCUAUGCUCUCCACAUCGGAUCGGAUGAGUGAGAUCUCACAAACCGGUGGAGCCAGAUUUUUGAAGCGUGGAUUGUGGCUCACCCCUCCCCUUGUCCCGGCUAAAAUUAGCUCAGCCUUCAGAAGAGCUUUGCUUCACAACCAAGCGGAUAAAUAAAGGCUGGGCUCGCAACGCUACCCGGCACUUGGCAGCUCCCGUGGCCUAAAAGGCAAAGCUCCAGGAACUGGGAACAGAUGUUUCCUUCUUGGCUCUGGCUCUAGGAUGUUGGAGGGCCGAGAGGAGGAGCUGACCACGGUGCGCGUUCAGGACCCUCGGGUGCAGAACGAAGGCUCCUGGAACUCCUAUGUGGAUUAUAAAAUCUUCCUCCAUACCAACAGCAAGGCCUUUACUGCCAAGACCUCAUGUGUGCGACGCCGGUACCGUGAAUUCGUGUGGCUGAGGCGGCAGCUCCAGAAGAAUGCUGGCUUGGUGCCCGUCCCAGAGCUGCCUGGGAAAUCCACCUUCUUUGUGGGGAGCACAGAUGAAUUUAUUGAGAAGCGGAGACAGGGGCUGCAGCAGUUCCUGGAAAAGGUUGUGCAGAACGUUGUCCUCCUCUCCGACAGCCGGCUGCACCUCUUCCUGCAGAGCCAGCUCUCCGUGCCUGAGAUAGAGGCAUGCGUGCAAGGCCAAGGCUCGCAGACAGUGACAGAAGCCAUCCUGCACUAUGCCAUGUCCAACUGUGGCUGGGUGCAGGAGGAAGAGAGCCGCCCUACGCUGCUGCCAGGAGGAGGCAUGCACAGCAGCUGUGCCAGCCUGGGGGCAACACAGGGGCUGAGCUGCCUGGAAACCCUCCCGCACUGGAGCGACUUCGGCAUGGAUGAAGCGCACUCGGACAGCCCGGAUGAGCCAGCAGAGCCCUUGGGUGGACAGCAGGAGAUGCAGUAAAUGGCUCGAGCGACCUCGCCUGCCUUCCCCGGGUCCUGCAGCCCUCUCUGGAGGAGGCACUGCUGGCUGAGCCGGGGGGAGGCCGGGCUGGCAGGACUGGGGCUGCGCUGGGAACACGGCCUUGUCCUUGGCUCUGUGGUGUCCGGGGUUUGUGUGCUCCCUCCCUGAUGACUCUCAACUAUCCUUGAUGUCCCAGGCAGCGUGUUUGUGUAGCUCUUCUCUUCAGAGAAGACAUCUAGUGGCUAGUGAAACCUGUGUUUGUUAUUCCCGUGGCCUUUGCUCUCCAACUGGAGCAGUAGCAGGGCUUGGUUAGGCUGCAGUGCCAGCAUGGCCCUGCGUUCAUGGCCCUGGGCAGGGUGGGAUGUGCUGGCUUGCAUCCCCCGUGAUGUGUGCAGCCUCAGGCUGGGAGCAGGAGCUGGCUGCUGCCCAGCAAGUCCCUUUGGGUCUGCCCCUGCGCUCCCCUCUGCAUGGAGGCUGCAUUUCCCUGGAGACAGCUGUGCCGUGCAGCUCCCGGGGGCGGUGGUUUCAGCUGCAUGAAACCCACUGCAGGCUGCAGAUACUCUGCCUGCACCUGGGCCCUGCUGGCAGCGCUUGCCCCACGAGCUGCGUGCAGCUGGGACAAACAGAGACGAGCCCCCCAGGAACGAGGGAACAGUUUGUCUCCCCUGCCUGUUUGUGCAGCCCCCCCCCUUCCAGAUGGGAUCCUGGAGGAGAACAAACCUUUCCGCACCUCGAUAGCACAGUGGGGAACAUGGGAGCAACAGGGGAGGGGGCUCACAGCCAGGAGAGAACUUGCUCGGGGCGAAGCAGCACGCAACUGCCUUGGAGUGGGUGUCUGGCAGCGCUUGGGCCCUGGUUACUCUCGCUGCUGCUGCUCCCUGUGCUCUCCUGCACCUUUUCCUAUACCCCGAGCACUGGUAGAGGCAGAGCUGACGUGCUCUGACUUGAAAUAAAAAUGAAGUAGAAGAGGC